AUGGCCUUUUCCAAGAUUGCUGCAAAUAAGCCUCAUGCAGUCUUUUUCCCAUUUCCACUUCAAAGCCACAUCAAAACAAUGCUUAAAUUAGCAAAGAUUUUUUACUUUAGAGGUUUUCACAUUACUUUUGUCAAUACUGAGUUUAAUCACAACCGUUUUCUCCAUGCUAGAGGCCCCAAUUCAAUGGAUAGCUUACCUGACUUCCAAUUUCAAACUAUUCCUGAUAGUCUCCCUCCUUCUGAUCCUGAUUCCUCCCAAGAUGUAUCUUCUCUUUGUGAAUCUGUCAUGAAUAAUUUGUUGCAACCAUUUCUUGAACUUGCUGUCAAGAUUAAAGAUACUGCCUCUUCUGGGAAUGUGCCACCACUGACUUGCAUUGUUGCAGAUGGUUUCACUUCAACGUUUACUGUGAGAGCUGCUCAACAGCUUGAACUCCCUCUUGUAUUGUUUUUCACUAUGUCUGCCUCCGCUAUCUUGGGAUUUAAACAUUUAGCUGCUCUCAAAGAAAAGGGUCUUACACCACUUAAAGAUGAGAGUUACCUCACAAAUGGCUAUUUGGACAGAACUCUGGACUGGAUUCCAGGAAUGAAAGGCAUUCGACUGAGAGAUCUUCCAAGCUUUGUUCGAACUACAAGUUCAGAAGACUUUCUAUUUACUUUCACUAUGGAAAGUGCUGAGAAUGCUGUUAAGGCUUCCGCAGUCAUCCUUCACACCUUUGAUGCAUUGGAGAGAGAUCCUCUUACUGGCCUUUCUUCUGUUUUUCCUCCUGUUUACGCCAUUGGCCCACUUCAGUUACAUCUUAAUGCAAUUCAAGACGAAAAUCUUGACUCUGUUGGAUACAACUUAUGGAAAGAAGAAGUUGCGUGUCUCUCAUGGCUAGAUUCCUUCGAACCCAACUCAGUUGUUUAUGUUAAUUUUGGAAGCAUAACUGUUAUGACCCAAGAACAACUUGUCGAGUUUGGAAUGGGACUAGCUAAUAGCAAACAUCCCUUCUUAUGGAUUAUCAGGCGGGAUUUGGUUAUCGGUGACUCAGCGAUUCUGCCACCGGAGUUCUUUGAAAAGACGAAAGAAAGAAGUCUAAUUGCACAAUGGUGUCCACAAGAAGAAGUCCUUAAUCACCCAUCAAUCGGAGGAUUCCUGACGCAUAGUGGUUGGGGUUCAACAAUAGAGAGUUUGUCGGCAGGAGUGCCGAUGCUUUGCUGGCCUUUCUUUGCAGAUCAGCCAACAAACUGUAGAUACAGUUGCAAUGAAUGGGGAGUUGGCAUGGAGAUUGAUAAUAAUGUCAAAAGAGAUGAAGUUGAGAAGCUUGUUAAGGAGCUGAUGGAGGGAGAGAAAGGUAAGGAAAUGAAGAAUAACGCCACGAAAUGGAGAAAACUGGCCGAAGAAGCCACUGCUCCAAAUGGUUCAUCAUCCCUGAAUUUGGAAAACUUGAUGAAUGAAGUUCUCUUACCAAAUAAAAUAAGAUUAGAUGUUUCUGAAUCUGAAGAUGAUUUAUCUACUGUCUUGUGACAAAUAAAUAAGUGUCUAAUACAGAAGUUCAGUUUCACAAGCUUGUUGUGUAAUUAGAAGUAUGUUAUAAUAGAGAAGUUCAAUUUCUCUCUAACAAUUGUGGCAUCAUUAUUUCUUUUACUAUUUUUUUAAUGUCUUACAAAAUA